CUCUCUUUCUUUCCUCUCGCUGUUGGUACUUUCGGCGCUCAGACUCGCCUCCUCAACCGACCCUUUCUCCGCCGCAAACACCAGAUCACCAUGUCCAGGAAGGUGGUAAGGAGCAGUAAGUUUCGGCACGUGUUCGGCCAGGCAGUGAAGGCCGACCAGUGUUAUGAUGACAUCAGGAUCUCUCAGAUGACCUGGGAUAGCAACUUCUGCUCCGUCAACCCCAAGUUCGUGGCCAUGAUUGUGGAGGCCAGCGGUGGUGGAGCUUUUAUUGUCCUUCCCCUGAAUAAGACGGGUCGCAUAGACUUAUCCUAUCCCAAUGUAUGUGGCCACACUGGUCCGGUGCUGGAUAUCGAGUGGUGUCCACACAACGACAACAUCAUUGCCAGUGGUUCAGAGGACUGCAGUGUGAUGAUCUGGGAGAUUCCUGAGGGUGGCCUGAUAACGCCACUGAAGGAACCAGUGGUCAAGCUGGAUGGGCACUCCAAACGCGUGGGCAUCCUCAGCUGGCACCCCACAGCUCACAAUGUCCUCAUGUCUGCAGGGUGUGAUAAUGUAAUCAUCUUGUGGAAUGUGGCACGUGGAGAGGCGGCUGUGCGCAUAGACACUGUGCACACUGAUCUGAUCUACAGCGCCUGCUGGAACACAGACGGCACACAGAUUCUCACCUCCUGCAAGGACAAGAAGCUGCGUCUGCUGGACCCUCGCAAGGGCACUGUCACCGCUGAGAAGGACAAACCCCACGAGGGUUCCAGGCCAGUCCGGGCAGUGUUUGUGUCUGACGGAAAGAUCCUGACCACGGGAUUCAGUCGUAUGAGUGAGAGACAGGUGGCGCUGUGGGACCCGAAAAGCUUUGGGGAGCCUCUGACUCUCCAGGAGCUGGACACCAGUAGUGGAGUACUGCUGCCCUUCUUCGACCCUGACACUGGCAUCGUCUACCUCUGUGGAAAAGGUGAUAGCAGUAUCCGGUACUUUGAGGUGACCGACGAGGCGCCGUAUGUCCACUACCUGUCCAUGUACAGCAGCAAAGAGAGUCAGAAAGGCAUGGGCUACAUGCCCAAGAGAGGCCUGGAGGUCAACAAGUGUGAAAUUGCCAGAUUUUAUAAACUCCACGAGAGAAAGUGUGAGCCCAUUGUCAUGACUGUGCCCCGCAAGUCUGACCUCUUCCAAGAGGACCUUUAUCCUGACACGAUUGGUCCAGAGCCCUCAGUUGAGGCAGAUGAUUGGUUUGCUGGUAAGGAUGGUCAGCCAAUCCUGAUAUCCUUGAAGGAUGGUUUUGUGGCGACCACCAAAAAUAAAGAGUUCAAAGUGAUCAAGAGCCUGAUGGCUACCACAACAUCGUCCUCUGGCCACCGGCAAGCAGACAGCGGGGAGGUGCAGGCAUUGCAGGCUGAGGUGAAGGAGCUGAGGGAGGCGCUGGAGGAGCUGACCAAGCGAGUGAGCGAGCUGGAGAGCAAGAAUUAAAAUAAACGAGGGAAAGAAAAAGGCUGCAGAGAAUAGUGAUAGCAGAAAAUGGGUCUCGACAGGGUGUUUCAUUUAGGAGGAAUGAAAGAGGAAGAUGUGGAUGAAUUUGGAAUACUGGAUGAGUGCAGGAGAAAGAGGAGUGCAGAAAAUGUUCAGCCUUUAGGAACCAAAUGUCGCUCACUUCAGGGAUGUGCAUUUCAGU